AACCACCAUUUUCAUGGUCCAUUCGGAUAGAGACCGGUCAGGUUGUCCCAAUUCCGGUACCACCUGCAACAACCUAUAACAAUAAAUACAUAAUUUUUUUUAUAUUCUACUUAGGGUUUCUUCCAAGUGUGGUAUUGGUGGUGCUUCACAACUAAUAUUAACAUUUUAACGUAUGGCAAAAAAAAAGCCUCUCUUGGUUGUGGUCUAGAACCCAUCGCGGAGUAACUUUUAGGGCAUUCCUGUUGAAUCUUACCUGGUAGUUUAAAAUGACGACGAGUUUGGAAGAGCCAUCAAAGAAAACUUCACGUCCUCAAUUAGUUGUAUUGAACAGGGCAUUCAAAUUGGCUGAGCAAUGGGUUAACACUAUGGGCCACUCUCCAGAUAAUGCUAAACCAAACGAGGUUGUUCUAGAGAGUCGACCCCCUAGGCUUGGAAUUGGUGCUGCAGUUCCACGUCAAUCACAAACUGUACUCUCAAAUGACCCCGUUGAAAGAAGACUACGUGCUAAAUUGGAUGCUGAGAAAAGAAGAAAAUUGAAGAGCUCUGAAGCAUCAACAAUUUCUGCCAAAGAUGGGAAAGUUGAUGAAGAAAGUGAUGAAGAGGAAGCAGACAGCAAAACAAAAGCUUUUACAAAGAAGAGGCCUGCAGCUUUGCUCUCGACUCUGCAAGCAAAAAAGAAGAAGUGACUUCGCAUCAUCUAGCAAUGAAUGCUUCAGGAUGUUUAUUUCUUAACGCCGUUUUGCAGGGCCCUGUUAGAAGUCUCAGUCUCCAGCUUAGAAAUGUUUGAAAAUGAAAGAAAAAAGAAUUUUAUGAAGUUUAAAAGUAAGGAGUAACAAACUUUGCCAGUCAUGUUUAUUUCUUAACAAUGUUCUCCCCCGAGUCCCCUCAUUCGGCCUGUGCCUUUGAUUACAAAUGCUUUAAGAGAACAUGUUCAUCCUCUCAUCUUUGUUCUCACUCUUGAUUGAGGCAAUUGUUAAAAGGUAUAUUUUCUGUAACUAUGAUCAAACAUGCAGAGGACACAUCAUAUUUGGUA